CACGCACACACACACACACACACACACACACACACACACAAACACCAUCCAUCUCAUCGACCGUCGCUUCAGCAUCAGCGUCGGCUUCGGCUCUAUCCUCUUCACCUCUACUCACUUUGCCAGAAUGUACGGAUCAGUGAUAUUGAUCCUCGUGCUCCUGAAUAUUGGAGUUGCCGAGGCCGUGGAUAAUUUAUGUUAUAUCCUUGAUGGGAUUUUGAUUAUCUAUGGCAUUGUGCUGACGAUCCUCUACUGCAGAUUGAGGCUGCGGUCAGGAAAUAAUGUGACAAAUGAAGAGAAACCAGACGGCAUCUACCAGGGUUUGAAACAUAAAAAUCAGGACACCUAUGAGACGCUCGACGUGAAGAAGAAACCUUUGGCAUAAAAUGACAUUUUUAAUCUGUUUUCUGAUUUACAGCACACCCGUCUGUCUAACAAGCAUUCCUUUUCUGUUUUACACAUGUAGAUCUGUUUUAUAUUUUGCUGACUAAUAUAUUUUCUUUUUCCAUUUCGUUAUACAGCUUGUUUUUCCCUAUUUGUUUGCAUUCAUACUAUUCAUUUUUACAUCACAUAACUAGAAGUGAAUCACUGUAUAAUUACGAUCUAGCAGACAUAAUUAUAUAAUUAUGUCAAUUAUAAUGAAAUCACAGUGCUAUUAAAUAUUAGUAAUUUGCUUGAAGACCGAAGGUGAUGAAUGUGCAGAUAGACACCUUCAAAAAAAGAGUUCAAAUCACUGAUAAGAACAAAUAAAUUAUUAAGGGGGAAAAGUC